GGACAUAAUGUUGGCUAAAAUCAAAGUAAUGACCUCAAAAGAAAAUGGAAACAAAUCCCCGCCAAAAAAGGUAAGAAAUAUAAUCACGAGAAAGGUCAUAAGGCAUUUGUGCCAGCAAUUUACAAGCUGUAAUUACCUUAAUUGUGUAACGCUUACCUUUUAAUUAAUGAUCUUGUAAUCACCUCGUCAACCUCUUGGUCUUAAUUAAAGUUGGAAGAGAGAUCGAAAAGGUUGGUGGAAGAAUUUGCGGAUUUUUUUCCUGAAAAAGAGAAAUUUACUCUUUUUAAUUAAAAAAACGUUCACGUUUCUAGUGAGAUAGACAGAGAGUCAGAAAGCACUUAGCAUUUUCUUUCUAGAGUGAUCGAUGGCGAGAAUUGCUUUGAUGGCUGCGGUAGUGGUGGUGGUUUUCCUUGCGGCAGGGCUGGUGAGUGGAGUGGCGGCGAAGAAAUGGACGGUGGGAGAUAACAAGUUCUGGAAUCCCAAUGUCAAUUAUACCGUUUGGGCUCAGGACAAACAUUUCUACUUCGACGACUGGCUCUAUUUUGUGUACGAGAGAAACCAAUACAACGUUAUUGAAGUGAACGAGACCAACUACAUUAGCUGCAAUUCCGAUAGCCCCAUCGCUAACUGGAGUCGUGGAUCCGGAAGGGACGUCGUUCAUCUCAAUGUGACCAGACCUUACUACCUCAUCAGCGGUUAUGGUGGUGGAUGUUACGCCGGUAUGAAGCUCUCUGUUUUAGUUGAGAAACCGCCUCUUCCACCAGCUCCAGCACCUACCAAAAACAAUGCAAGAAGAGCCAUGACCGUCUCACCUUUUGCUCCUCAGUUUGUUAUUCCGGCAGCUGUUUUUGCAGCAAUAGGGUUAAUGUGGGACAAUGUGGUACUACCCUUUUGGUAACUAGUCUUGAUUUCUCCAAUUUAUAUUGUAGUGUUACUCUCUUAUUUCUUCUUAAUGUUGGUUUCGUGGAUCUUCUAUCAUCGUUCCCUAGACGUGUGUGUACGCGCCUUAGGAGGUUGUUCAUGCUUUCGCUUUUGUUGGUGGGAAAUCAAUUGUUGAAGAACAAGAAGUGUAGUUUAAUUUAUGUGAUGAAUCUUCCAAACUUGAUUGAGCCUA